UGGUCGGCGGGCGGGAGAGCCGGGGGGGCCCGGCCCACCUGCGCCCGGCGGCUGGCGGUGCCCGCGGCGCAGAGCGCGGCUGCUCCGGCUCGGCGGCGGCGGGGCUGGGUCCUCCCUCUGCCCCCCCGCCGCUCCCGCCCUCGCACACUCCUCUCCCACCGCCAUCCAUCCAUCCGUCCUGUCGGCACCUCGCCCGCCCGGCGCACACACGCACCCCGCACCCUCACAUCAUGCUGCCGGCCGCCGGCCCGGCAUGGACCCCGGCGGCGGCUGCUCGGCUCCUCUCCGCUGCUGACUGCCCUCUGAGGUUUGCGGCAGGUAGCGGGGCAGACUGCUGGAAAGUGCAAUAGGAAAAGCGAAGGGGAAGGGAAAAAAAAAAAAAAAAAAAAAAAAAAGGAAGAAAAAAAAAAAAAAAAAAAAAAAAAAAAAAAGAGGAAAAAAAAAAAGGCAAAAGCCAUCAAGCCGGCCAAGCCGAGCUUUGGAUCUCAGUGCAGGUAUUUCUGCUGCUGUGUUCAUCCCUUGCCGCCUACCACCCCGGUUUAUUAUUUCUUUUUUUAAGGAAAGAAAAAAAGGACGAAAAGGAGAAGUCGAACUCUCAAAGGGUUACUAUGCAAUUGCGACUGAUUUCUUGGUUUUUUAUCACUUUGAACUUUAUGGAAUACAUUGGCAGCCAGCACGCCUCCAGGGUACGGCGACAGGGAAGAAUGCAUCCUAACGUGAGCCAGGGUUGCCAAGGAGGGUGUGCUACAUGCUCAGACUACAAUGGAUGCCUGUCAUGUAAGCCCAGGCUGUUUUUUGUUCUGGAGAGGAUUGGCAUGAAACAGAUUGGAGUGUGUCUUUCCUCAUGUCCAAGCGGAUACUAUGGGACACGGUAUCCUGACAUUAAUAAGUGUGCAAAAUGUAAAGCUGACUGUGAUACCUGCUUCACCAGAAACUUCUGCACAAAGUGUAAAAGUGGGUUUUACUUAUUCAGUGGAAAGUGCCUUGAAAAGUGCCCUGAUGGGCUGGAAGCCAACAACCACACGAUGGAGUGCACUAGUGUUGUGCACUGUGAAACUAGUGAGUGGAGUCCAUGGAGCCCUUGCAUGAAGAAAGGAAAAACUUGUGGUUUCAAAAGAGGAAAUGAAGUAAGGGUCAGAGAGAUCGUACAGCAUCCAUCAGCAAGGGGAAAUCCUUGCCCAGCUACAACCGAGAGCAGAAAAUGUAUUGUACAAAGAAAGAGAUGUCAGAAGGAAGGAAAAGGGAAAAAAAAUAGGGAGGAGAAAAGAAAAAAAUCCAACAAAGAUGAAAGCAAGGAGACAAGACAGGAAAGCAAAGGGCGAGCAGCCCGAAGACAAAACCGAGAACAGAGGGAAAACAACAACAAAACGCAGCCGAAGAAAAGGAAAGCCCCAAACAAAGAACAGGACCUGGCACCUGUUGACACUGCACAUUAAUGGCCCUCCAUGAUUGUUUAAGUCUUAUGAUGCUGCUAUCUCUACCAGAUCGCCCUGACAGGUGUUCCAACCAUUCAGGCUGCAAAUGGACAAUGCUACCAGUUAUUAUUAAACUUUAAACAACAUUCCAAAUACUUCCUAUAUUCUCCAAGCAACCAUAGUUUAUUAAAGAGAUUGACAUGAGCCAAGGAAAAAAAAUCUAAAGAUGGGAUACUUUAAAACUGUUAUAUUAUAUGCUUCCAUGCAUCUGUAAAAGGCAAUUAAGAAAUUUUGUAUAUAUUAAUAAUAGGGUAUAAAAUAUAGCAAUAUAAUAAUGAAUGACAUUCAGAUGAACAAUGUUCUUUUUCUUUGUAAAAUAUUUUUCAAGUUAUUGUUUAAGUAUGAGGCAAGAGAUAUGUCUAAAUCAAAGACGAAAAUCGUAUCCCUUCAUAUAUUGUACAUAAUUAAGAGAAGGAGGAAAACAUUUCUGAAGAGCCAGUAGGAGCCCAAGGUUUUACAAUCUCUGGUGGAGCAGGAUGGGAUUGCCCUGUGUUUUCCCAGUCCAUGCUCCAGACAUGGGUGAGAAACAUCAGGAGAAAGCCAGCAGGGCUUCAGCUGCUGAGGGAUAAGAAGCAGAAGCAUCUGCAGCUUUGAAGACUGAAUCCCUGAGGCAGAAGGAAACUGAGCUGAGCUUGAAUAAUGCUCUUAUCUGUGGACAACACAAUGUUUUCUGGUCUAAACAGUGGUACUGUGUGCUGGUUUAUGCUUUUUAUACCUAUGUGUAACUUAAGUCUACAUUUCAAAUCUUCUGGUGAAUGACAAAUCGUAUUUGUAGGAGACAACGUUGAGUUAAUAAAAACCAGAAAAAUAGA